UUUUUCAGUGGGCCAAACUAUUUGUCGGGUACUAUUUGUCGAUACUUCAGUUGUUGGUAUUCUUCGAUCGCUAAAUAUACACUGAUUUUAGUUUAGGAAUUUUAAAAAUUUAUAUUAACUGUUGUGAACGGUCAUUUCGGUACGUUCAACACAAUUUGAAACAUCCGAAGAACAGCGAAUGAACAGCCUGGAAGGAGCACGAGUAGCUCUGCUGGCAUGUGGUUGUUAUAACCCGCCAACAAUUAUGCAUCUUAGGAUGUUCGAGAGUGCUCGUGAUUUUUUGGAAGUUCGCUAUGGAUGCGAAGUGGUUGAAGGAAUUCUAAGUCCAGUUGCUGAUUAUUUUGGCAAACCUGACCUAUUACCUGCAGCGCACAGAUAUAAGAUGUCAGAAUUAGCAGUGAAAAGUUCAACAUGGAUCAGAGCUGACCAAUGGGAAUGCAGUCAAAAACAGUGGACCAGAACACUUUUGGUUUUAAUACACUUCAAGCAGAUGUUAGAUCGCAAAUAUAAUGACACACGGUUGCGUCUGAUGUUGUUAUGUGGUGGAGAUGUUGUGGAUUCAUUCAAACGAAUAACGCCUUCGGGAGAUUAUCUGUGGGAUCCCUCUGAUAUUGGUGCAAUUAUACGCGACUUUGGUUUGGUAGUACUAGCUAGACGAAAUGCAGAACCAAUGAAGACUUUAAGUCAGCUUGGCUAUAAUGGUCAGUCAUUAGCGAACGUGUUUGUUUUCGAAGAUACAGCUUUACCUAAUGAUAUAAGCUCCACACGUUUACGAGCUGCAAUUCGACGCGGUGAAUCGAUAAAAUAUUGUACGAUGGAUUCGGUAGUGGAUUAUAUUAGAAAACACCAACUUUAUCGAGUCAAGAAUAGUCAAGCCGCAAACUGUUCUUAGUGAGUUAUGUUAGAUUACUAUCUUUGUGCAUCUUAUCUUUUUAUUUUUCUAUCUUGUACAGAUGAUGUCUUCAAAGAGCGUAAAAAGGAAGAG